UCUGACAGAUGGUGCCUGCCGGAGAGCAGUGUAGGCAGGGUAUUCGUUCUAUGUAUUGGCAGACAAGCUAGGCUAGUACCUGUGACUGAACUGAGCAGGUCAUAAUACUGUGAAGACAUAGAUAGUAUCGGGUGAAUUAUAGAAUUUGUGGAUACUUCCAACAAUGUUAUAUUACCUGGGUGUUGAUGUUGGUACCGGGAGUGUACGGUCAGCUGUAGUUAGCAGUCAAGGUCAGGUGGUCAGUAUUGCCACUAAAUCUAUCCAGAUAUGGUCACCACAGACAAGCCACUAUGAGCAGUCCUCUAGAGAUGUGUGGUCAGCAGUGGUGGACACAGUAAAGUCAGCUUUGACCAAGUCAGGGAUUGACAAGGAAGAGAUCCGUGGUAUUGGAUUUGAUGCCACUUGUUCAUUGGUUGUUCUUGAUGGUGAUGGAGCAUCAGUGUCUGUCAAUCACUCCGGUUCAACAGAGCAGGAUAUCGUGAUGUGGAUGGACCAUCGGGCAGAGGACCAAGCAAAGCGUAUCAAUGACACAAACCACGAUGUUCUCAAAUAUGUAGGAGGGAUUAUAUCCCUGGAGAUGCAGGCACCAAAACUUUUAUGGCUGAAAGAGAACCUACACAGUACCUGUUGGAGUAAGGCUCAUCACCUGUUUGAUUUACCUGAUUUCCUCACAUGGAAAGCUACCGGAAGUUUAUCCAGAUCUCUCUGCUCUCUCGUCUGUAAGUGGAAUUACCAGGCAGGUGUCCAUGGUAACAAUGGCUGGAGUGAAGACUUCUUUUCACAAAUCUCUCUGGAGGAUCUGGUGGAUAAUGGUUGCAGUAUGAUUGGUACUGAGGUGAAGCCUCCAGGAUCUCCCUGUGGGAAUGGCCUUUCCCAGCAUGCAGCUGAGGAGAUGGGGCUAGUGGCAGGAAUCCCUGUCGGGACCUCGCUGAUAGACGCCCAUGCUGGAGCACUGGGAUGUAUGGGCUGUAUCCCAAGGUCAGAGGUCACAUACAGCCUCCCAGACAUCACCAGUAGGCUGGUGCUGGUGUGUGGAACAUCAACCUGUCACAUGAUUGUGAAUGAGAAAGAAGUGUUCGUACCAGGUGUGUGGGGUCCUUUCUACUCUUCCAUAUUACCAGGAUUAUGGACUACAGAGGGAGGCCAGAGUACCACUGGCAAGCUGAUUGACUUUAUUGUGCAGAGUCACCCAGCCUAUCCUGAAGUGAGGACUGCAGCAAAGGAAAGAAAUAUUCAUGAACAUGAUUUUAUAAAUGAGCUCCUUGAGAAGCAAGCAAAGCAGAAAAACCUGCAGUCUUUGUGUGAAUUAACCAGAGAUUUACACAUAUGGCCGGAUUUCCAUGGCAACCGAUCCCCUUUGGCAGAUCCUACAUUGAAGGGCAUGAUUUGUGGCUUGACCUUGAAUUGUGAUAUGAAUGACCUUGCCCUCAAGUAUUUAGCCACUAUACAGGCUAUUGCAUAUGGAACCGAGCACAUAAUCCAAGAGAUGCGAGGGAAGGGACUGGAUGUUAGUAUAAUUUACAUGUGUGGAGGGCUUCGUAAGAACACAGUCUACCUGAAAACACAUGUCGAUGUCACAGGUUUACCCCUAAUUUUACCUGAUGAAGCCGAGUCUGUCCUGGUUGGAGCAGCUAUGCUAGGAGCAUGUGCCUCAAAUGAUUUCCCCUCCUUACAGGUCGCCAUGGAGACUAUGGGUGGAAGUGGCACCAUUGUCCUGCCAUCUUCAACAGAUAGCAAUUACCAUGCGAAGAAGUUCCGUGUUUUUUUGGAGAUGGUGGAUGACCAGAAGAAAUAUGAUUCCAUCAUGUCCUGACAGUAACAGGCACAGUCCUGUUUGAGUCCGAAUGGCCGACAUCAGAGGUUUAAGGCAACAGCAGUCUGAUAUCAAAUCUAAAUACCUGUCUGUUAUGUCAUCUGUGCAAUAUCUGAAAUUGAUUUAAAGUGAUAUAAUGCAACCGUUUAUCAAAUUUAAUGUUGUUAAAAAAUCUGAUUUUUUAAAUGCUGGUAUUUUUAAAUCAAUAAAGUCUUCCACUAUUGAA